CAGUAGGAAGGAGGAGGAGGGGUUUCCGCCGCGAGCGCUCAGGGGCCUGCGCACCCAGAAGCCUAACCGGAACAGGUGGGAGGAACGCCAGCCGCCGGGAGGUGGAGUCCGGAAGCGCCAAGCCGAGGAAGACUACAUUUCCCACAAGUCCUCGGGGCAGGCGUCAGGAACAUUACCGGACAGGCCUUGCCCGGCAAUACCCAGGUAAACGCCGGCGCUGCGGCUUCGAGGGAAGAGUAAUUACUAUAGUUUCAUGCAGGCUCCUGGGAAAGCUGGUGCUGCUGCUUUCUGAUUCCAGCCCACACACCUUGCGACCGGGGCGGGCUCUGGCGGCUGGAGAUGGCAGACACGAGAUCCGUGCAUGAAACCAGGUUUGAGGCGGCGGUGAAGGUGAUCCAGAGUUUGCCGAAAAAUGGUUCAUUCCAGCCAACAAAUGAAAUGAUGCUCAAGUUCUAUAGCUUCUAUAAGCAGGCAACUGAAGGCCCUUGUAAACUAUCAAGACCUGGAUUCUGGGAUCCUAUUGGAAGAUAUAAAUGGGAUGCUUGGAGUUCAUUGGGUGACAUGACCAAAGAGGAAGCCAUGAUUGCAUAUGUUGAAGAAAUGAAAAAGAUUCUUGAAACAAUGCCAAUGACUGAGAAAGUUGAAGAAUUGCUGCAUGUCAUAGGUCCAUUUUAUGAAAUUGUGGAGGACAAAAAAAGUGGCAGAAGUUCUGAUUUAACUUCAGUCCGACUGGAGAAAAUCUCUAAAUACUUAGAAGAUCUUGGUAAUGUUCUAACUUCUCCUCCAAACGCCAAAACUGUUAAUGGUAAAGCUGAAAGCAGUGAUAGUGGAGCUGAGUCUGAGGAAGAAGAGGCCCAAGAAGAAGUGAAAGGAGCAGAACAAAGUGAUAAUGAUAAGAAAAUGAUGAAGAAAUCCACAGAGCAUAAGAAUUUGGAAAUCAUUAUCACUAAUGGCUAUGAUAAAGACAGCUUUGUUCAGGAUGUACAGAAUGAUAUCCAUGCCAGUUCUUCCCCGAGUGGCAGAAGCACUGAAGUAAAACCUGCAGAUCAAAACUUGGAGCAAACUGGAAAACCUGCUGUCUGCAUUCACCAAGAUAUAAAUGAUGAUCAUGUUGAAGAUGUUUCAGGAAUUCAGCAUUUGACAAGUGAUUCAGACAGUGAAGUUUACUGUGAUUCCAUGGAACAACUUGGCCAGGAAGAGUCUUUAGAUAGCUUUACAUCAAACAAUGGACCAUAUCGAUAUUACUUGGGUGGUGAUCCCAAUAAGCCCUUGGAAAAUUCUGGUUUUCCUGAAGAUGUUCAAAUUUCUCCUGGAAAUGGCAACAUUGGGGAGAUGCAGGUGGCAGCAGUCGAAGGAAAAGGUGAAGUAAAGCAUGGAGGAGAAGAUGGCAGAAGUAACAGUGGAGCGCCACACCCUGAGAAACGGGGUGGAGAAAAUGAGGAAUUCUCUAAUGUCAGAAGAGGGAGAGGACAUAGGAUGCAACAUUUGAGCGAAGGAACCAAGGGUCGACAAAUGGGAAGUGGAGGUGAUGGGGAACGCUGGGGUUCAGAUAGAGGAACAAGAGGCAGCCUCAAUGAGCAGAUUGCUCUUGUGCUCAUGCGACUGCAGGAGGACAUGCAGAACGUCCUUCAGAGACUUCAUAAACUGGAAACACUAACAGCUUCCCAGGCAAAAUCAUCAACCUUACAGACUAGUAAUCUGCCUCCCUCACAGAGAUCAUCGUGGUGGCCCUUCGAGAUGUCUCCUGGUGCAUUAACCUUUGCUAUCGUAUGGCCUUUUAUUGCCCAGUGGUUGGUGUAUUUAUAUUAUCAAAGAAGGAGAAGGAAAUUGGUUUUUACUUUCUUUUUAAAGAAAACUGAACUGAAGAAAAUGGUAUUUUACUCAAGAAGACUACUAGGCCUGGAUGACCUUGGAAGGAAAUGGAUUGUGGAAUCACAAGAAAAUCCUAGUUUGUGAUUAUUACAUUGCUUUUUGUUGUCCAAUCCUUUGGUUUGUGUACAUAUAUACAUAUAUAUUUUGCACUACACAAUGAUAACAUUUUAAGGACUAAUAUUGCUGAUACUUGAAUAAUCAAUCUCAACUAGGUUAUAAGCAUACAUAGAUUUCCCCUACCCUUGAACUUGAAGGACAUUAAAUUAUUAAUUAUUGUUUGGUAACAUGUUUACCUGAUUAUCUCCUGUAGAGAAAUAUAAGCUGCUUAGGUACAGUUGUGAUAAUGAGAUUAGAUUUAUAACUGGGUAUUUUUAAUUUUCUAAAUUAAAUAUGAGAAAGAAUGCAAACCAGAAGUAAAUUUCAAGUAGAUUAAAUUGACUUUAUAUCUUAGUCACUGAAUUGUCAUGUCAAGAAGUGGAAAACUUCUAUGAUCUUUGUUGGGUGUUCACAGCUCUGACUUUAGUGUUCAAACAACAUUAUUAUAAACUAGAGCCCUAUAUAAGAGGCUUAGUUUUUACAAAUGAUUCACAGAAUAAACAUAACUUUCUGAUGGGAAAGAUGAAGAAUGGGCUUAAGGUAUGAAAAUUUAUUCUGAGCCUGCAGAUCAUUAAUAAGAUUUUUAUUAAAUCCUAUACAUUUAUUCCUUUGUAAUCAUUUGUUUUUAACUGAGUAUAUCUUGUUUCUGCUUCAUCAGGUGCUUUGAAAUAUAAAAUGAAAGACCUUAUUUAUACUGUUUUUACAAAGGUCAAAAAGGAUUCACAUGAAAAUUACUUUUCUGCAACUGGUAAACUACCCAGCCUGGACUCUUAACCUCUUAGUGCCUCAGUUUUUCGUCGGGGUAUAAUAUUUGAUAAAUGCCUAUUUCAUAGGGAUAUUAAAAGGAUUUGUAAGCUAACAGGCUAUGUACUUCCAUAUGAAUAAGGCAUACCCAAUUAAUGCAAAUUUAAGUUUCUCUCCUCUACCUCUCACAUUUAAACUAGAAAGAAGACUAAUUUAGAUCUUUAACAACUUUGGAAUUAAAAAAUAAUUUUUUAGUUGAUUUCAGAAA